GGGCAUAGGGUUCAGAGAAACAUUUCACGUUUCUGAAAACCCUUCUUCACUCUCAAACAAAGAGCGGCGACCGACUAUCUCUCUCCGGUCGAGUCGCUGCAAUCCGAUCCUCAUCCAUCUUUGUUCCAGCCCAGCUCUCGCUCGAUCUCCAACGUUCCCCUCCAUCUCGGUUCUUCAUCAACUCUAAUCGUUUUGCAUGUUUGUUUGCUGAAUGAUUUUGUUGGUUUGAUGUUGUUGAACGUGAUGUCUCACGAUUUGGCGAUGGUCUUGUUACUGGGUUUGCUAUUUGAGAGCAGAUGAUGAUGCUGAGGUUGAACGACGUCGUUCGUUGUUGUUGAAACGAUAUUGAACGAUGAUGAGAUGCGAUGAAGAUUCUGAGUUGAGUUGCUUGAGACUUGCUGGGUUCGAUGAUUGUUGGUGAUGAUUCGGUCUUCUCACGAUGAAAGCGUUGUUGGACAAAGUAGCGCUGCGGUUUCGCGGAUUCAAAGCUUUGAAUUGUGCGAAGAUCCUUCUUUCUGGAAAGAUUAUAAUGUGCAGGUGUUUGAAAGGGAAACCUAAUUUCCAGUUUUCACUACUCUGUGAUGAAAGUUAUAAUUAGAAUGCGUCCGCUUAGCAAUAACGAGAUAUCCGUUCAAGGUAAUAACAAGUGUGUUAGACAAGAGAGUUGUCAGACAAUUUCUUGGACUGGACCUCUGGAGGCACCGUUUACUUUUGAUAUGGUUGCAGAUGAGAAUGUUAGCCAGGAGAACCUCUUUAAAGUAGCUGGUGUGCUAAUGGUAGAUAACUGCAAACGGGAAGUGGACACCAUGCUUGGUGACAUUGAAGGGGGAACUAGAAGACACAUUGUCAACUGUGGGAUGACACCAAGAAUUUUUGAGCACUUGGUUUCAAGAAUUCAGAAGGAAUGUUGGGUACUAGCUUCAACUUUUCGCGUGGUCGUGGUGAGGAUCGGUUUUAUAAUCCGCCGCAAGCUCGCCGGCUGUUACACACGGCGGAGAAUGAGAGGAUUUGGAGAGCUCACAGCGAUGUGACGGUCAGUAGGUCGGUGGUGAGAGAGAAAUCGAUGGAUUCGAUUGAGAAGGAGAAUGGAAAGGUUUUUGAAAUCGGUUACACCGUCGGUGCAUGCUCAGCAUCUUUCUAAGGUACAACUUGACGAAGCUCACUUAUGAUGAGAGAAGGAUAAAGUUGAUUGCUCGCUUGGAGGCACUAAAUUCUGCCGUGGAUGAAGACGAGGAUGAUGAGUGAAUUUGAGUUGGGAGUGGAGUCAAUUGUCAAGUUGGAUUUUUAUUUGUAUUGUCUUUCAUUUAUAUUUACACUUUGUGGUUUUCUGCCACAAUUUUAACCAUGUGUUUGUUAUCAAGUUGUUCUUAGUUAUUGUUGAUACAAAAGUAUCUAAGGUGGUUCAUGUUUUUUUUAUUUUAA